GAUACUUCGCGCUGCUUGGAAAAACAUCACGUCGUUGAUCAACGCCUCGCACACUAUACCUUCGGCUUUUAUUAGCUAUCUUAAGCUUUUCACUUGCUUUGUUUUACGAUAUUUAAAUUGAGCUUAACAGAUUUAUUAAAAGGUACAAUUUUGGUGUUAGACUCGAUUUAGAGGAUAUAUUUCAAGAUUUAAGAUCAAUCCUACCAAGCAAGGUCAGUGUGGAUGCGAUAAAUUAUCUCUAAGGUGAACGCAGACAUCAUUUAAGACACGAGUUUGCUAGACAAGAAGUAAAAAUGACGGGAGUUGUAUAAAAUGUAUGAACCUGAAGCCUGCAACUGAAAGAACAUUUCUUAUGACAACAUCAAAUACCGUCAUUUCAUUGGAUAACAGUGAGRACCAACCACUUUCACCAAAAUCAACCGACAACAAUGGCAUACUCUCGAGUACCCGGAUCAAACAACGACGCGCAACGGUCACGCCAGCCGAGAUACCCGCGGGACAAUUACCUCGAUACCUGCGGGAUCCUAAUCGAUAUGCUGUUGGAGCUUCGCGGCGACAGUCGUUACCUGCUGCAAGUUUAAAUACUAAAUUCGGUACAGCAAACUAUUCGCAAAAAAUCCCUUCAAAAUUAAAAGCGAAAUUGGACGAAAUCGAUAAUCCUACGGAUCAUGAGCUGACAGACUCGAUAGAUGGACGCGACGAUUCCAUAGGACAGAAAUCCUUUCCGUUGGAUAAUCGAUUGCUCGAGUGUGAUAAAAACGAAAUCAAUAAUUCUUCGGAGAGGUUAAAAUCCGAUAUUCCUCAAAAUUGUGAAAAUCAAAGUAAUAAAGACAUAAAAGUAUUAAUUGGUUCGACRCCGACAUUUAAUGGAAGGUAUAGCGGAGUGAAAAAGACAUCGCUGUCAAUCGGGAAUUACGARCAGCCUCGGAGACACUCGAUAGCUGUGUCGGUAUUAACGAACCCUCAACGAACAGGAAUCGACAGCCCUCUUUCUGGGAGAUUUGACAAUUCGCUUUAUAAUAGUAAAGAUAGGGUUAUUACGGUUGAACCGAGGGAGAGGAAAGCUAGCGUCAGCCCUGGAAGGAAAGUGGGUCGGUACAUCCCUAAACCAGAUAAUCACCUCCUGCUAUCCAUCUUCAGUUUUCUGUGCUGUUGUCCUCUUCUUGGUUUAGUGGCUCUAAUAUAUUCUGUCCAGGUUGAUAUGAACUACGAAAAUGGGAAGAAAGAAGAAUCGGUUUUCAAAUCCAAAAAUGCUCGAUGCUGGGCUCUAAUGGGCGUCAUGAUUGGCAUGCUCACCAUUCUUGGAGGUUCCCUCUACGCUGUUAUUGUAUUGGCUAUUCUUUCCUAGCUCCCAGUCCCCCAAAAGAAUUUCUCGAUUCUGGUGACUGGGCUAUAAAACUAGUACGGAAGAGACCAAGCAUUUCCCUAUGAAAACUUUAUAUCGAGCKCCACAAAUCUCUUAGUCAAUGGGACAAAGCUUAGCGUCCAACGAAUAAGCUUUAUUGCGAAGGGAUUGUGUAAUAGGUUGGAAGAGAAURCUGAGUACGACUCUCCUCUCUCCCYAUUCUCCACUCACGCGCUUUCUCUUGGAUCGGAAUGAGUACGAUUCUCUCCCCUUAAGCGAAUGGAAUUCCAACAAGAAUGUCGUGCUUGAAACCAGGGUUCGUGCUACUCCUUGAAAUCCUUGAAAAGUCCUUGAAUUGAAAACACGUUYUUAAGGGCGCUUGAAAAGCCCUUGAAAAUAGGGGAAAACGCCAAARCUCCUGGAAUACUYCUUGAAUUUAAUGCAAACUUAAUGYUAUUUCUAAYUUUCCUUUUAAAAUAUGGUUGGUUGCGUGUCAUGAUCGUUUUUUAUUGGUGGACGUGGCCCCGGCUGAAUUAGCUGCACUUUAACAUUKAAUCAAUGUUUAAACCACRUUCUAAUACAAAAAACUUUGUCMUUGAAAAUYUAAUUUUUGUGCUUAAAAAGUCCUUGAAUUUUGAAACGAAAAUGUAGCACGAACCCUGCGGAACUGCAUAGUUUGAUAUGUUUUAGUUUUCUUCCAUUCAUAGUGAAUUUUAAAAAAAAUGAAUGAAUGAAUGAAAGAAAGAAUGACCGAUAAAAGGGAUAAAACCACCGGAAAUAAAACUUUAAGAACGUAAGUUUAAUAAAGAAUAGAAAUGUUAC